UUUAAAUUUGGCAGAUUGAGCAUUGAGCAUAACGGCGAUUAUAUAACUCUCAAGAUGGGUUUGACGCGAAAAGUUCUGUCACCAGCUGAGUUACGUCAGUGGACUGCUUCAGUUGCUUGCAAUGAUCUUCUUAAUUUGAUCAAAAGUGUUAACAAUAAAUUGGUCUCACGUCCAGUUCAAACAGACUUGUUGGUGUCAAAGGCCAUAGUAUCGGUAUGCGAAGUACUUGAGAAAAUGCAACAGGCAGUAAAUGAUUACCCACCUGAGGAGCAACCACAACGAUUUGGAAAUAAAGCCUUCAGGAACUGGUUUGCAUGGCUGAAAGAAAAUGCUGUUGGAAUUUGUACCAAUAUAUUUGCUAAUCACGGCUGUGAAGAUUUCAGUAAUCCACCGAUUUCAUUUACCGAUGCACUUGAUGAAGUGUCUGGUUACUUAGUUGAAUCAGUUGGAAACUCAACACGAAUUGAUUAUGGAACUGGUCAUGAAUUAGCUUUUUUAGCAUUUUUAACUUGCCUUUUCAAGCUUAACAUACUACGAAAAGACAAUGAACCAAAUUCCCAUACUGUUAAUGAUCUUCUAGCUAUUGGUGUUAUUGUAAUGCCAAAGUAUUUAAACUUAGUUCGAUUAUUGCAAACAACAUAUCGUAUGGAGCCUGCAGGUUCACAUGGUGUUUGGUGUUUAGAUGAUUUCCAGUUUAUACCGUUUAUCUGGGGAAGCAGUCAACUUAUUGGCAAUUCUCAGUAUGAUCCGACCGUAAUACCGAAUCGUGAAGUCGCUGAACGUGAAAAGGACAAGUAUCUUUUUUUUUCAUGUAUUGCCUACAUUUAUCAGUGUAAAACUGGUCCAUUUGAAGAACACUCAAAUACAUUGUAUGGUAUCAGUCAAGUACCGAAAUGGGAGAAAGUCAAUUCUGGUCUAAUUAAAAUGUACAAAGGCGAGGUUUAGAAAAAUUCCCAGUUGUCCAACAUUUUCUCUUCGGUAGCCUGUUACCAUUUGAUCGAGUAACUAAUCCUGUUGGCAAUAUAACUGAUACUUUAAAUAGUCAACGAACUUGUUUCCCGGCGAGAACAGAUACCUUUAACAAACCUUUAUCAUCAUCUAUGACAGCUCAACCAAGUCAACAAAGUGAACAUCCAUGAAACAAUGAUUCAACACAAGAAUAGGAUAAAGAAAGAGAUGAUGGUGAUGAUUAUAGUUGUAUAUUACAAUGAACUCCUCCCCCCUCUUUCCCCCCCCCCCCCCCCCAAUGAAACACAAUAAAACUUCAAAGCAGAUUUUGUUCCUCUGAAAUCUCAGUUUUCUCCAUGAUUAUUGAUUGCGAGUAAUUUCUUUUUGUCUAAUUUAUCGAUAACAAAGUAGACAUUUCUUUCAGCUCUUUACAUUGUCAUGUUCCCUUCAAUUUUGAGGUUUUUAGGGAUUUAUAUAUUGAUUUUAGGUAAGUGGGAAAUAGGAACCAUUGGAUUUUUCAACCAAACGGGUUUUAAUGGUAACAUGCUAUCCGUGGAACGUGAAGGCUUUCAUUUCGAUCCCUGGAAGGUGGGGUUAUCGGUGCGCAAUUCUGAGGAGUCGCAUCCUCAGACGAAACAGCUGUUCAGUACUCACAGGUUUCCAAUGUUUUUCCAACUUAUGUCAGUCUAUGAUGGAUACCAACAUGAAAUCACAAUUU